AUGAGGGCUCCUGGUCAUGCUAACAAGGUGAAAAAUGUGACGAACCAUGUGAUUGACGGCAAGCGGGGCAUGAUCUACAUUGCAGACCAGAAGAUUUCAAAAUUGACCUUGACAAGCGACAUAAAGGGUCUGAAGCGGGUGCGCCGUGACGCCAGGAAAAACAAGGGGCGUUCGAAGAAGCAAAAGCUGAGGAAGAAGAAGAAGAAGAAGCUUGCUCACAAGAAUGCAAAAUGA